AUGGCUAUGGUAAAGGCUGCACAAAAUGCAGUUUUUUCAUGUGUGGCUUCAUCGGCCACAUCUGGAGAAAGCAUUGCUACUCAAAUUGUAGCUUCGAUAAGAAUUUAUGUUGAAAACGUCGAAGAGAGAGCUUUGCACCCUUACAAGAUCGUUCUGGAAAUAGCAGACGUUACGAGGAAAGAAAUGGGUACAAUGAAUAUCCAAAGUUUAUUGCAAGAUAUGGUUGAACAGUGUGCUCUCCUAGGUCUGUAUCGUUCUAAAGUACAAGAAUUGAAAUUUGAGCUAAAAGACAAAGAUAAGGUUAUAGAAAAAAUCAAAUUAACUAUGGAACAAAAUAAUGUAAAUUGUGCCGUUCCUGACACAGCUUUGAAAAUUGCAGCCGUCAUAGAAAGUGAAGAUGAAGACUCUGUGGUACUGGCUUCUUUACUCAAAGAUUUAAUUCAAAAUCGAGGAACACCAAAUAAGAGAUGGUCGGAUGCAACAAAAUCUCUGUUCGCUAUCAUUCUUGAUUAUGGAGGUCCGGCUCUUGCCAGAAUUGUUCAAGAAAAAAUCGGCUGCCCAAGCCUUCAAUCCAUGUACCGCACCGCCAGAUCUAAUUACGCUAUUCCGUGUAAAUUAGAGGAGCAAGCCCUGAGACACGCAAGGUCGUUCUACGAUACCAUUGGUUAUAAUGGAGUUUUUGCACUAGCUGUGGACGCAACUGCAGUCGUUCCCACAAUGAGAGUUAAGGGAAAUAAAAUAACUGGAUUGGCAACAGAACGCGAUGUUAUAGUUAGCUCUGCUCAAGAUAUACUAAAUGUUGUGAAAAAUAGGGAAUACGAGUUGGCCAAACAAGCAAACGUAUUUAUCGUGGCACCACUGCAGGAUCACGUUCCUCAAGAUUAUACACUUAUCAGACAUUGGUGUAACCAAGCUACUCUGUGGGGUGCCCGCAAUAAAAUAACAAUCGUUGGGGCGGACGGGGACUCUAAAUUCAGGAAAUACUAUGUUGAACGCUUAACAAACCCUAGAAGAAAGAAAUGA